AUGGAAGGGAUUAGAUUAACGCAUUGUUGUGGGCGUUGUUGUUUGCUUUUGUUUUUCCCGCGUCAAAAGGCAUGUGUGCCUCUGUAUAGACGAUUCAAGCAACGGUUUGCCUUUAUGGGCGUGCACGUUAUGCAAUGCUGUGCAAUCUGUGUUCUUAUUUCUGCUGUUGGCUUCCUACUCCCACUGCCGCGUCCUUCGGUUUGUUUGAAUUCCUUUAGUCCUUUGGUUUUCGUGGCGCGCAGGCGCCUCAAGGGCGAGAAUGGCCGUAGCUCGUGCGGAGAGCAUCAUCAACGCCGACUUGGGGGCGGCCCAGGUGAACCUGGAGGGCCUUGGGCUGGAGUCGCUCGAGCCCCUCCUCCCACUGCUGUCGCGGAUGCCGCGGCUGAAGGCCCUGCGACUGGCGAGGAACAAACUCACGGGGCUGCCAAGCGACCUCUCCGGCAUCCGUCAGCUUGA